GAAGAAGAAAAGAAAGGAAAAGAUGACAAAAAAGGAGCAAAAGAUGACAAGAAGGGUGGGAAAGAUGACAAAAAGGCUGGAAAGGAUGAUAAAAAGAAAGGAAAAGAAGAGCCACCCAAAAGUAAAGGGAAAGAUGAUGGUAAGAAGGGAAAGGAUAAAGGGAAGGGAAAGAAAGAGGUUAUUGAAUCUGACGAGGGUUCAGAUGCUGAGUUGAUGGAAGACUUGAGCGAUGAGGAUGAGGAUGAGGACGAAGAGUCAGAUGGAGACAAGAGAAAGCGUGGUGGAAAAGAUGUUAAAGGUAAAGCUGCAAAGGGAAAGUCCAAAUCUAGACAGCCUGACUCUGAUGAAGAUGAGGAGGAUGAAGAUGAGGAGGAUGAAGACGAGGAGGAAAGUGAAGAGGAGGAUAAGAAAGCAAAGAAGAAAUCAAAAGAUCAUCAUAAAUCUAAAGCUGAGGAAGAUGGAAAGAAGAAGAAAGCAAAAAAGAAGGAAGAGACUCCACCUGAGCCACCACCUGAAGAAAAAAAGAAAAGAGGUCUCAAAAACACUUCAAAACUCUUUAUGAGGUUCUCUGGAUUUAAGAAGAGGAAGAGCUCAAAGAAGCGCCUUAAGAGUACUUCCAAGCUGUUUCUUGGACUUGGCAAAAGGAAGAAUCGCUUGCUUAGGAAAAAAAGGAGGAAAUCUCUCUUGAGAAAUGCUCCAAAAUUCAUGAUGCGUUUCAAAAACAGCAAGAAAAAGAAAAAAGAGAAGGAAAAAAAAGAGCAGUCAGGACCAAAGCCAACCUAUAUGCUUAUCAGAUUAGGUGGAAAUUCUAAAGAAGCGGAGAAGAAGCCAGGAUUUUUUAAGGGGCUUUUUGGGAAAAAGAAUUCAGGGGAUGGGACUGGUUUUAAAUAUAGGGGGCAAUUAUUAGGUAAGAUUGCUGGGGCAACAAACUGGUUGACCAAGAGGUUCCUCUCCAUUAAGGGGCGUCAGAGUGGAAGGGACCGUGAUGCCUGGGGCCAGAAAAACAACAAAAAAUAUCCAUUUCCUGCUGGCAGUCGCCAAGCUAGCAUACGAGCUCCUCCAGGUUAUCACAAUUAUGGAUAUGAACAUGACACUGGAGGAUAUGAUUAUAAUAACCAAAGCAGGAUGGAUAAGGGAGCAUUCAACAGACAGUCAAUCCAGAGGCACUCUAAUAGGUAUAGUGAACAGUAUGCCCAUGUUCAGGGACAUACAUUUCCACAGCAAUACACUCAAUAUGAUGAACCAAAUAACUAUUAUGACAUGCAAUCACAUGAUCAAGGCUAUUAUGAGUUGCAGGAUGGAUACUAUGACCCACACACAGUCAUUCAGGAUGAGGGUCAAUAUUAUGAUGAUGGUAUGGACUAUGGUGAUCCUUAUGGUGGUCAAGAGCAGAUGGGCAAUUACCCACAGGAAAUGGGCUACUAUAGUCAACAGUAUCCACUGGAUCCUUAUUUCGAUGAUGGCAUGGAGUACUAUGAUGAUAAUCAGUAUCCAAUGGGAAACAGCUAUGAUCUGUAUGGGAAUGAAAUGAAUCCAUAUGCCCAGACUCAGUAUGGAUAUUACGAUGACCCUCAGGGCUUCUAUAGUGACCCAUAUGAAGUUGAAAUUGCAGAUGAUCCAUAUAUGGAUGCUUAUGGGGAUGCUUAUGAGGAUCUUUAUUUUCAGGACUAUCCUGUUAACUACAGUGAAACAGAUGUUGACCCAUAUCUGCAAUCUGCCUACAAUAUGUAUGAUCAAUAUGGUUAUCCAAUGCAAGAUAUUAUGGAAGGUGAUGAAGCUUAUGGAAUGUACGGAGAGAACUAUGGAGAUGUCUCAAUGGAAUCAAUGCCCCUUCUCGGAGACAUGGAAUUCAGAGUCCCAAGACCCCAGGUCAAGCUUUUUGGUAAAGAAAGGAUUGAUGUUGAGCUUCCUCCUUUGCCUCCACAAUAUGAUUUUGAGGAAAUGUCAGACAUACAAUAUGAAAAUUAUCCAUAUAUACCAGGAGCCUCAAUGGAUGAUGGUUUUUCGCAGACAGUUCAUCCUCAAGAAAUGUUUCAUCCCACAAUGCCUCAAGUGCCCACACCAACGGCCAUGCUAAUUAAGCAAGCAAAUAAUCCCCAGGGAUUUGUCAAUCAACGUAUGUCACAUAUGGCUCAAACUGGUGGAUUUCCACCAUCUCCAACACUCAGCAGGAGGUCUAUACAAGGGAUGGCCUCCCCAUUGCAUAAGCCUAUGUCACCCAUGGCACCCAUUGAACCUAUGUCAAGUUUUGGAGAGCCGAUAAUGGAAGUUAGACGUUCCCCCAUACCUAUACGCAGACCGAGCCCCCAUGCCUCCCCACAGCUAUCCAUGCAUCCUGCUGCUCCACUCCCUCUGAGAAGAAGCCCAUCCCCACACCCCUCUCUUCGUGGCAUUGGAGGCAUGGGAGCACCUCCAUCCCCAAGACUAGCCAGAGGUAUGCCCUCUUCAAUAAGUCAUGUUCAACACCCUCCAUCUCCAGUUGGACGCAAAAUGAGCCCACCUGUUUCUCCAACACUUUCUAGACGUUUUCAGCCUCAGGCUACAUUUAGAGAAGGGCCGCCCACUUCACCAGCAGUCCCUAGACGUUUUCAGCCUCAGGUUCCAUUUAGAGAAGGUCCACCUGCUUCACCAACAGUCCCUAGACGCUUACAGCCUCAGGCAUCCUUUAGAGAGGCACCACCAUCUCCCCAGACAGUGCCUGGCCGUUUCCCCUCACGAGCUCCAUCUCUCAAUACAAGUCCUCCAGCUUCACCUCGUGCAUCUAUUCGGAGGAGAAGCCCACCACAGUCUCCUCGUGCCUCAGUUAGGAGGCCCAGUCCACCCUCCUCACCCUCACAAGUUCAUCGUCCAUUUGGUGCCAAAACUUUUCAAGCUUCCCCUUCUCCACUUAGGCGGAUGAGUCCUCCAUCUUCCCCUCAGAUGGGUAUGCGAACCAUGGCAGAUAUUCAGCAGAGGGAUCUUCACAGACCACAGUCUCCAUUAAUGCCUCAAAGAGUAUCACCUUCUCCCUCUCGAAGAAGUUUUGCUGUGGAACCAGACUCCCAACAACCACCAAUGCAACGUAGAUCCCCCUCUCCUACCCUUUCCCGCAGGUCCACUCGCCUUAUGAAGGAUUCUCCACCUUUUGGGUCCCCUGGAGGUCGACUAAGAGGAAGGGGCCGUCCAAACAUCCCAAUGGGAGCUGUGAAACCAUAUCCUGGCCGAGGAGGUCAUUCGGGAACUCCAACACAAAAUGUACGGCCAUUUAGACCAUCCAUACGUAGUAACAGGUCCAUGAUGCCAGAGGAUUUCACAGCCUCCCCACAACUCUCAGGUCAACACACUGGGAUGAGCAUAAUGGAACAAAGUCGUUUCAAUCUUCCAGGAACACCUGGUCCAAUGAGAAACCCACAGAGACCCAUUGGUCGUGGCCGUCCACUCAUGGCCAGACAGUCACUGAGACGUGCACCUGGCAUGAUGCCCCCUUCACCUCAAUUUUCUCAAAAACACAUGCCCCCUCCAUCACCUCAGCCUUCUGUUAGACAUCUCUCCAGACCAGGCUCUCCUCAUCCAUCCAUUAAACAUGGCUCCCCAUUACCUAUGCGUUCCACUUCCCCUAGGGCUCUGCCUACUUCUGUGCUUUCUGGUCCUCCAAUUCCAGAAAUGGAUCAGCAUUCAGAACAGAUGACAUCUCCACUUUUGUCAAAUGCCUUACAAAAUUCUCAGCUCAGAGAAGCAUCUUAUAUUUCGCCGAUGCAAAGACCAGGUUCACCUUAUGUUCCUGAAGUGCCAGCAUCACCUUUGCUCUCCAGUGCAAUUCACAAUCCACAGCUUCGCAAUGCUUCAUACCAAUCAUCACUGCAAGGGCCACAUUCACCCUAUGCUGAGGUAGAGACAGGCUAUGAUUACAUUGAAGAGCCAGGUGCUGGCCCUCUUCUUUCCAAUGCUCUUCAAAAUCCAAAUGUCCGCAAUGCUUCCUACAGAACACAUUUACGUCGCAGGGGAUCCCGUGUUCCCCCUGGCUAUGGUCCAAGGGGAUCUCCAGUUCUUUCAACGGCUUUGCAGAACCAAAAUGUUCGUAAAGCAUCAUACCGAGCACCUAUCCAGGGAAUGGUCUCCCCUUAUACAACUGUGUCAGGUUAUAGGCAAGAUCCUAGGAAAUCUCCUUUUCUGUCUGAUGCAUUGCACAACCCCCAACUCCAUGGUGCCACUUAUCGCUUGCCUGAUGGGUCAUUAGUAUAUGGUAAUCAGGUAGCAAAUGUACACUCUUCUCCAAUGCUUGCAGAUGCAAUUGGAAAUCCUCAGCUCCAGAAUGCUUCAUAUAAACUUUCUGCUGGGUCCAUAGUAGACCAACGACAGCAACAAUCUUUCUCACCAAACCUCUCAAAUGCUUUGCAGAACCAAAACAUAAGAAAUGCCUCUUAUAGACUUUCAGAUGGAUCGAUAAUAUACCCAGACUCUCAUUUACAGCGAACUUCACCGAACCUGUCCAGGGCUUUACAAAAUCCAAAUGUGAGAAAUGCAAAUUAUAGACUUUCAGAUGGAUCGAUAAUAUAUCCAGACUCUCAUUUACAGCAAACUUCUCCGAACCUGUCCAGGGCUUUAAGAAAUCCAAAUGUGAGGAAUGCAACUUAUAGACUUCCAGAUGGAACGAUUAUAUACCCAGACUCUCAUUUACAGCAACCUUCUUCUCCAAACCUUUCCAGUGCUUUACAAAAUCAAAAUGUGAGAAAUGCAACUUAUAGACUUCCAGAUGGAUCGAUAUUAUACCCAGACUCUCAUUUACAACAUCCUUCUUCUCCAAACCUGUCCAGUGCCUUGCAGAAUCCAAAUCUAAGAAAUGCAACUUAUAGACUUCCAGAUGGAACUCUUAUAACAGCAGGACAACAACAGCCAACCUCACCAAACCUGUCACAUGCACUUCAGAAUCAGCACAUUAGGAAGGCAUCAUAUAGACUGCCAGAUGGGACAAUAAUAAUGGCUGAUCAGCAAAUGGAACCAACAUCUCCAAAUCUGGCCAGUGCACUGCAGAACCAAAACAUUCGAAAUGCAACUUACAGAUUGCCGGAUGGCACAUUGAUAUCAACGGACUAUGGGCAGCCCACAUCUACUUCCCCAAAUUUAUCACAGGCACUUCAAAACCAACAAAUGAAAAAUGCUAGCUAUCGUUUACCUGAUGGCUCAAUCAUAACGGGACCAGUUUAUCAACCUAAGUCUCCAAAUUUGGCAAGCGCACUUCAGAAUCGGGAUAUUCGCAGUGCUACCUACAGGUUACCUGAUGGUUCUAUAAUAAGUGCUGAUGCAAGUUUUAAACCUACAACCCCAACUCUCUCCUCCGCACUGAGAAAUGAAGAUUUGAAAAAUGUCUCCUAUAGGCUUCCAGACGGAUCUGUUAUUUCACAAGCUUUGUAUAAACCAAGGAGUCCAAACAUUUCAAAUGCCUUGCAGAAUGAAAAUCUUCGCAACGCUACAUACCAGUUACCGGAUGGAUCUAUUAUUUCAGCAGAUCCUCGGAGAUACAAAACCAGUCCAAAUCUAUCACAGGCACUUCUAAAUCAAAAUCUCCGCCAGGCCACAUACAGAUUACCUGAUGGAUCGGUCCUUGCUCAAGGAUUUGAAGUCCCCACUUCGCCACAUUUAAUGGAUGCUCUAAAGAAUGCUGACCUGAAGAAAGCCUCUUAUCAACUACCUUCAGGGAUCUCCACCUAUUUGACCUCCUCUGGGCAGGUGGUUAUUGGACCAGAUGGCCGUUAUGCUCUAGUUCCACCACAGCGAAAAGGUCCAGGUCCAGAAGAUCACUGGGCUCAAAAUGGCAGAGAGGGGCAAACUGCAGAGGACCACUGGGCUGCAGAAAGGGUCUUGCCUCAUGACACAGUACAGAACCUCAUUAAAUGGUCCAUGUACCGAGAUGAGAAAAUGAUGGAAUUUCUUACCCCACCACCAGCUGGCCUUAGGCCCGGGGAAACAGAGCUGCAGUGGGUACCAGAUCGUGAAGGGGAGCCAAAAGGAAAGUGGUAUGACAAGAUGUAUUCUAUAAGAAGCCUGCCUACUGUCAGCUACAGGGUGAAAAGGGAAGGGGAUGGAGCUGAGGAUAUGACACAAAUGGAAGAGCUUACUGAAGCAGCAGUAUUGAUAAACCUGAAGACUCGCUUUGAUCAAGUGCUUAUCUAUACAUACAUUGGCAGUAUUUUGGUGUCUGUGAAUCCAUACCAACUAUUUAACAUCUAUGGCACAGAUAUGGUUCUGCAGUACGAGGGCCAUGGCUUGGGAGAUAACCCACCUCAUCUCUUUGCCAUUGCAAACAUUGCCUACACUACAUUGAUGGACAUCAAGCAAAACCAGUGCAUCAUUAUCAGUGGGGAAAGUGGUUCUGGAAAGACAGAGGCGACCAAACUGGUUCUGAGGUACCUCACUGCUAUUCACCAUAAGAGGAACAUUACACAACAGGUACGUAUUCUCGAGGCAACUCCUCUGUUAGAGUCGUUUGGAAAUGCUAAGACGGUCCGAAAUGAUAACUCCAGUCGCUUUGGAAAAUUGGUGGAGGUCUAUUUGGAGGAAGGGGUGAUCAGUGGUGCCAUAACCUCACAGUAUCUACUGGAGAAGUCCAGGAUCGUUUUUCAGGCCAAAGAUGAGAGAAACUACCACAUCUUUUAUGAGAUGCUGGCUGGACUUCCUACUCACAUGAAACGGGCCUUCUACCUACAGGAGGCUGAAACCUACUACUACCUGAACCAGGGAGGUAACUGUGAGAUCACUGGGAAGGAUGAUGGGGAGGACUUUAGGAGGCUACAGAGUGCCAUGGACAUUCUCCACUUCAGUCCUGAAGACCAGAGCAGCAUAUUCAGAGUGCUGUCAUCCAUACUGCACUUGGGCAACGUCUUUUUCCAUAGAGUUGAGACAGAAGUGCAGGAGACAGCUGCUGUGGUGAGCACUCAGGAGAUUCGUGCAGUAGCCGAUCUGUUGCAGAUUUCCCCAGAGGGUCUGCAAAAAGCCAUCACCUUCAAAAUGACGGAGGCAAUGAGAGAGAAGAUAUACACUCCCCUCUCAGUAGAAAGUGCUGUGGAUGCCAGAGAUGCAGUUGCCAAGAUCCUUUAUUCCUUGCUUUUUCAAUGGCUGACAGAACGGAUCAAUGGGCGGGUAUACCCCAGGAACGAGGCGCUGUCCAUAUCUUUACUGGAUAUAUAUGGGUUUGAGAGCUUGACGUUCAACAGCUUUGAGCAGCUCUGUAUCAACUAUGCUAAUGAGACCCUGCAGUUCUUCUUCAGCAAAAUCAUUUUCAAACAGGAACAGGAGGAGUACAUUCGAGAGCAGAUCAACUGGAAAGAACUGUCCUUCACUGACAACCAGGCAUGCAUAGACCUUAUUGCUGCAAAGCCCCAUGGGAUCCUCCGCAUCCUUGAUGACCAGAGCGGCUUUCCACAGGCCACUGACAACACCUUCCUUCAGAAGUGCCACUAUCACCAUGGAAACAACCCCCUUUACUCCAAGCCAAAAAUGCCACUGCCAGAGUUCACUGUCUAUCACUAUGCUGGUCGUGUAACUUACCAGGUCCAUAAAUUCCUGGAUAAGAACUACGAUCAGGUUCGGCAGGAAGUAUUGGAUCUGUUUAUGCAGAGCCAGAAACGAAUGGUGUCCAAUCUCUUCAUAAAACAUGCCGAGAUGCUGAAUCAGCAGAAAGGAGCAAUGAACAGGAACAGCACAAUGACUCGGAAAUAUCAGCCCUCUACUGUGGCUGCCAAGUUCCAGCAAUCACUACAGGAGCUUCUAGACAAGAUGGAGAGGUGCAACCCAUUUUUUGUCCGUUGCAUAAAGCCAAAUAAUAACAAGGAACCUGGUAUAUUUGACCCUGAGUUGGUUGCUACUCAGCUCAGAUAUUCAGGAAUCUUGGACACAAUCCGCAUCAGGAAGGAGGGUUAUCCAAUCAGAGUGCCGUUCCAUAAAUUCUUAAACAGGUACAAAGCCCUGCUUGGAAUGAAGAAGCCGCCACCUCCAGAUGGCGAUAACUGUGUCUUUAUGUUAAUGAAGCUCUGCCCAAUCAACAAAGAAGAUUAUCAAGUGGGUGUGUCAAAGCUCUUUCUAAAGGAGAAUGUGUAUCAUUUAUUGGAGAGUAAACGUGAUCGUAUGAUGCAUGUAGCUGCACUGACCCUUCAGCGUUAUGUACGGAUGUAUUUUGUUCGGAAGAAUUUCCUCAAGUUCCGUUCAGACAUGACAAAACUUCAGGCUCACUGCAAGGGCUUCCUGGCCAGGCGGCGGUUUCAGCGAAUGCGUAUAAACCUGAUCAGGCACCGUGCAAUGAUCCGACUUAUUGUCAAUCGCAAAAGAUACAUCAGGCUCAAUCUCCUCUUAGCGAGAAGAGCAGAGCAGGAGAGGAGGAGGAUUGAACAGGAGCGAAUAAGCAGGGAAGUGGUAAAUGUGACUCAGCUGGUUAUUCCUGCAGAGUUGGGAGGACUGUUACAGGCCACAGCAGCUGGUAGGGAGCGUCAUUCAGACUGCUUGGCUCUGGUUCAGGCUCCAAGAAUACAAACAGACCCCCAGCUCACUCUUCCACUGGACAUCAACAACCAUCUGAUGACCAAAUAUAUACGCACACAUUUCCGAGAAUUGCAGUUUGGGAUGCUAACAGCACCGCUGGAGAACUCACUGACCCGACUAGAUGAUCUGAAACAGGAUGCUCUUGAUGUGUUUAUACUGAUUUUGCGUUUCAUGGGAGAUCCAAACCUGAAUGGAGCUCAAGAAAACCUGUUUGGAAAUUACAUCAUUCAGAGAGGCCUUGCCACUCCACCAAUCAGAGAUGAGAUCCUAGCACAGCUAGCCAAUCAGGUGUGGCGGAAUGAAAACACCAGAAAUGCAGAGAGAGGAUGGUUGUUGAUGGCCGCCUGUUUGAGUUCCUUUGCCCCGUCUGAGAAGAUGGAGAAAUAUCUGCUAAAAUUUGUGUCAGACUAUGCUCUGAAUGGCUUCAAGGCUGUGUGCCAACACAAACUCCUCCAAGCCAUGCAGAAAUCCUACCUAGUCCCUGAGGCGUCUCGAACAUACCCUCUAUCCCUGUUAGAGUGGACUGCCACCCGCAAAAAAGCACACAUGGUGCUCCAAGUGCACUGUUUUGAUGGUGUAUCUUUCCUGUGUCCUGUCCAUUCCUGGACAAAUGGAGAGGGACUUGCUGGAGACGUUCUACAACACAGGGGCGUGUCCUCUGAGAGCCGAUGGGGUUGGUCAGUUCUGAUGAAGGAGCCGGCGCAGUGGGUGGAGUUAGAGGGACACGAUUAUGUUCUGGAUCUGGUGUGUGACCUGGAGCUGCUGCCAGACUUCCCCAAACAGAAAACGUACUUCAUCAUCUCUACUGAAGACCCCAGCAAGGCACGGCCUAACGCAAGCAUAAGUCUCUUUGGCAGUGGAUUCGAAGAGGAUGAGAAUGGACCGCUCUCAUAUGCCAACCGAACGAGCGCCGUUGCAGCCAACAGCCUACCAAUUUCUGAAGGCAACUACAAUCUAGACUUAGAACCACCCUAUGAUGGCACUCAGAGAGGGAUGGACCGGUAUUUGGACAGCCUGUUUGACCCAGUUCUGUCUGAUGGAACUGGGGACCUCGAUGCAUCAGUUUUGUCUGGUAGGAUGAAGGGUGGAGGAGGUGUAGGUGGUGAUGAAGCACAAUCUCCUGCUAGGGUCGUCGUUUCGGCUGCUCUUCAGCCUGGAGCAGUGAGAGUCCUGCCACCCAUUCCAGGUGCUUCAGUGAUGCCCAGGAUGCCAGCGGUGCACCCAGUGCCAGACCCACAGCAAACUGUCCUGGCCCAGCAACAACAAACCAUCAUCAACCAGCAAGCCGUCAUUAUGGCUCAGCAGAUGACCAUGCAGGCGAUGGCUAUGGUGACCAGUCCAGUGUCCAGUCCACCAAUGUCUCCCCUCACCAGCCCCCCAACCAGCCCUCCACCCACUCCCUACAGCACUCUGCCGCCUAGCCCGUACCCCGCCAUCCCUCCCAGCCCCUACGCUAACCUCCCACCCAGCCCUUACGCCCCACAUCCCCUUUCCAUGUAUACAAGCCCCCUGGUGACCCCCCACCCCACCAUCCCCUCCACCUCGAUCAACACCACCCCCAGCACCUUAGAGGAGCAACAGAAGCCCCUGGAGAAGAAGAGCGGCCCCCCAACACCACAGCCACGGAGUACCACCACCACAAAGGCUGUUUCAUCUAAUGGGACAUUAGGGAAGAAGCAAGCCCCUGCUGCACCAAUUAAACUUGACAGCAGGCCUGCCAAAAGACAUGCUCCUGUUGCCGUCACAGGUCCCAUGCGUUCUGCUCCGGCUCCUGGCACAGAGGUGGUGAAAUAUUCGGUCUCCAACUCCGAGCACAUCGUUCCCAGCCACAACAUUAAAGAUAUCAUAAAACAAUAUCAAACACCGCUCCCAGAACCCGUGCCCCAGAUACAGAGGCGGGAAGGGAAAGGUUUUAUGAAGAAGAUGAACCCACAUGAUGAGGCAAUGCAGAUCCUACAAACACAGAGGGACAAUCCACCUCCUCCACAGAGAAAGGCUCCCACUCCAGCUGCUGUGUCCAGAGAUCAAGGCCUCAAACCAACUAGAAGCAGCAAGAAGAAAGCACCAGAGCCACCACUGACUUUACCUCCACCAGUGUCCAGAGAUCUUCCGGUGGAAUCUGAGAGCAUCCAAACACAGCUGCACAAGAGCAGCACAGAGGAGCAUUACACUUACACAAACGUUCCCUGGAAGAUAUACCUGCGGAAGGAGGUCUUCUAUCCUAAAGACACUUGGAAUCAUCCUCUGGUGCUGAACCUCAUAUUCAAACAGAUUGUUAAUGACACAUUUACUGAAGCCUGUGUGCGCAUUACUAAAGAGGAGAGGCAGAAGAUGAAAUCCUUGUUUGCACAAUACGGCAUCGAGCCAAACAUAGAUGUUCAGGAUGAAAGUGUGAAGAAAGCUGUGAUUACAGCUGCCAGGGAGUCAUGGGAGAUUUAUUUUUCUCGCCUUUUUCCUGCGUCUGGCAGUGUGGGUACUGGAGUGCAGGUGUUGGCAGUGUCUCACUCUGGUAUCAAACUUCUCAAGACGGUAAAACACAGCACUACGGCGCCAGACUACUUCCGAGUGCUCCGUGCGUACAGCUACACAGACAUCCUGUUUGUGACCAUCCCCUCUCCAAACAUGCUGGAGUUUAAUCUGAUGAAUGAGAAACUGAUUCUGUUCUCGGCCAAAGCACCUCAGAUCAAACAUAUGAUUGAUCUCUACAUCUCUCAUCUAAAGGAGGAUUCUGAGUAUGUCGUAGCAGAGAGAAACUUCAUCACAGAGGACAGAGCUCUUCUCAGCUUCCAUAAAGGAGAUAUCAUUCGUCUGCAGGCCAUGGAUGGAUUAGAGGAGGGUCAGAGAUACGGCUGCGUGGUGAAGAAAAAGGUCAUUUACCUCGAGGAGCUGAAGAGAGGCACACCAGAUUUUGGCUGGCGUUACGGGGCAGUGCAGGGUCGGAGUGGAGCCUUCCCUAUGGACUGUGUGGUUCCUGUAGCUGCUCCUGAUUUCCUGAGUCUCCCAGCGGAGAGGAGAGACGAGCCGAGAGACAGACAGGGUCGAGUGGCAGCAUCAGGAGCUAUCGCUCUCGCUGUGGCCUCCACUGCAGCUGCACAUGAGCUGGACCCAUCACUAGAGGUAUUCCACAUAUUCACUACUAGGUGUCUGAUAGCUGAUAGAAUGUCUAUACCUUAUGCCAUGUUAUAUAAUGAUUGCACAUGUGGUCACACUGAGGGGAAUAUUCUUUUGGACAGCCAGUACAACAUGGUGGAGUUUGCCAGGAAACAUUUCAGAACGUCAGAUGGAAGCAAGAGUGAUUCGUUCAGAGAUAAAUCCAAAAAAGGUAAAGGAAAUAAAGACCCUGCAGAGAUGGUGAAAUUCAGCAAGAACCCUAUCCUAGAGUCCCUCAUAGACUUCACUGACCCCAACAUGAACCGGGUUGCUUCUGAAAUUUUCCUAGCCAUAAUGAAGUUCAUGGGAGAUCAUCCUCUCAGGGGCCAAUCGGAGCAGUUUGUGGUUUGCACCUUCCUGAAGUUAACGGGUGAAUAUGGACUGAUGAAGGAUGAGGCGUACUGUCAAGUCCUCAAACAGAUUACAGCCAAUACCAGCUCUAAACCGGACAGCUGUCAGAAGGGCUGGCGUUUACUCUACAUCCUGACAGCAUUUUUCCGCUGCUCUGAAGUGCUCAAACCAUUCGUACUCAAGUUCCUGCGAGACAUCUGCAGAAGUCCAGAAGUGCUUUUUCAUGGAAUUGCUAAAGCUUGUGAGCAGAACCUGAGAAAGACCUUUCAGUUCGGUGGCAGGAGUGUUUACCCCAGUAGUAUGGAGCUCAAAGCCAUAAUGGCUGGUCGAAGCUCAAAGCGACAGCUCUUUCUAUUUCCUGGAGGAAUUGAGAGACAUUUGAAGAUCAAGACCUGCUCAGUUGCACUGGAUGUCAUAGAGGAGUUAUGUUAUGAGAUGGCGUUACAAAGGCUGGAGGCAAUGGAUGAGUACACAGUUUUCAUAGUGAUCAACAGAGGUCAGAAUGUGCGGCCCCUCAAUAAGAGAGAGUACAUAUUAGACAUCGCAACAGAGGCGGAGCAGAUUGAUCCCAACUACAGCUUCUGGUUCAGACGAGUCAUCUGGGCCCAUCCGCUCAAGUUCGACAACGAGCUCUGUGUCACCAUGCACUAUAACCAGGUUCUGCCAGACUACCUGAAGGGUCUGUUGAAUGUCGUACCUCAGGGAAAGAUCAGUGAACAGCAGUUUAACCAGUUUGCCAAACUUGCUGCUCUUCAACACAGAGCCAAAGACAGUCUCUACACCCCUACUAUUCAUGAGUUGACAGAAUACAUCCCAGUCGAGAUCUUUGGCAGACAGGUGCCUCAGCAGUGGAUGCAACUGGUUGCCCAACAUGUACAUGCCGUCCAAAGCCUGAACCCUCACCAGGCCAGAUCCCAGUUCCUGGGUUUGGUGUGUGCAUUUCCAAUGUUUGGAUCGUCCUUCUUUUACAUCCAAAGCAGCAGCAACAGCACCAUCUCUGCACCGUGCAUCCUCGCCGUCAAUCAGAACGGACUGCACUUCCUGCACAAAGACACUCAUGAGGUGCAGGUGAAGUUCCAGCUGAAGCUGAUUCAGUCAGCUCACACACAGCGGCCCAGCGCCGGAUCCAGUUACCCUUAUGUAGACGUCGUGAUAGGGGACUUAACCAAUCACAGAGUCACACAGUUACAGCUGGAACAGGGUCUGGAGCUGUGUCGGGUUAUCGCCAUGCACAUUGAGAAUAUGCUCUCUGUCCGAGAGAAGAGGCUGACGCUGCCACCCAGUGAAAUCACCAUGCUAUAACAAAACCAUAUACAGAUACAAACAGUCUGUAUACGAACGAAUACUAUGCUUUCUGUAUGUUUAUUUUCUAUCAGGUUAUUUUAAUGACUAAACCAAACCUCUUUAUGCACUGUUUGCACUAAUCAUGUGUAUUUGUUCACAUGUUAUGUAUAGAAAACACACGAUGAAUAAAAGCAUUAUUUUUGUAUUAAACGCAUAAUAUUUAUACAGAUGGAUUAUUAUUAUUAUUAUGGAAAAUUGUCCUUUGGUACUGUAGAUGUGAAAGUAUUGAAAUGUUUUAUUUGAAACGUUUACCACAUGCACAUAAGUUUGAAUGAAGAGAGAUGUUACUCAGGAGAACAGCAUGAAUGUAAUCUUUUUUUCAAUCACAUUCUCUCACAGAGACUUGCAAUGAAAUGUAAAUUUCAGAGUAACGCAAUGACAUUUUUUCACAGUCAAACUUUGUGUAUUUAGCUGUUAGUUGACAUUAGUUAACAUACAAGACCGAGGUCAGAAUAUUUGUAUUGAUUUUUUUCUAC